AUGAUGAAGCACUUGCCUUACGUUACUAUAUUAAGCCUCUUCAUAGGAGCUAUUUUUCUUGGAAACAUGAAACCAAGAGAAGCGUCUUUGCCCUUUGCACUCAACCAUCCGAGAAGCUUGUUAUCAGAUCUUUGGCGAGACAGGUUUCCUGAUCCAUUCAAGAUCUUGGAGAGGAUCCCACUAGAACUCGAGAGGGACCAGAGCGUAGUUCUAUCCCCAGUGAGAGUGGACUGGAAAGAAACAACAGAAGGACAUGAGAUAAUGCUCAAUGUGCCUAAUCUGAAGAAGGAUGAGGCGUGUAAAUCGAGAGAUAUGAGGAAGAAUACUUGUUAUUGA